UGCGCAGCAUCAGUUCGGCGCGCGCUCUCCAUCUCUCUCUCUCUCUGUCUUAUCUCUCGUUCGUUCGCGCGCUCGCGUCUGGCUCGUCGCUCGAAGUCUCCGAACUGCGUCGUUUGUUCACGCAGCACAGCUCUCGCGCUACGACUAUCGCGCUACGAAUCCGCGCACGACUUCGCAAGUGAACAUAUUUACUUGACUUAUUUCAGAGUGCUAAACAUUAUUUUUUUUUUGCUAUCGACGCAAAUUAAAAAAAAAAAAUCAAUAAGGCACAACAUUUAUAGUGCAUAAAAGAAAUUGUCUAUAAACUUUCCCAGUGUUUGGCUCUCGUGUGCGUGUAUUUACUUGAACAUCAGAUUGCCGGUCGUCGGAUACAGUUACGCGAAUAUCCACCACCGACGUCAUUAAUGAUCUGCCCAUUCAAGCCAUACCAAAGGCGGACUGCGAUGAAGACUUCAACGGGUCGGUGGGUGAGACAGUAAAUAUUUUUUGAUCUUCGCCUGAACUUUCGCUCAGUAGCAUAUGUGGUUAGGUUUUUUACUAACUCGAGUGUUCCUAUUAAUAACAUUUAAGCAACUCCGGUGAUGACAAUUAAGAGGGGUGUGCGGACAAGAAGUAGACAUUAGUAUCUCUCGAAAUUUGAACUACAAUUUUUACCUCCACUUCUUGAACUCGUUAUAACUUGAUGUAUAAAAGUGGCAAAAAACUACCGUUAGUAUUUUGUGCAGGCUGUAGAGCCACAAAAAAAUUUAAACCACUGACUUCAUCUUCCUACCCUGGGUGAUAAUAACGUAGGUAAUAUGAAUUUUGAUUGCUUUUUAAUGGUUAGUGCAGUUGAAAUUGUUAAAACCAGCAGACGGAAUAAGGUGUCCAAACUGAACUCGCGCAAAGCCACUAAUGACGUAAGAUUUGUCGCUAAAAGUGAAAGUUUUGCGAAAAGCUAGCCGCGAUUAAUUUUCUGUUCAUCUUUUAAGACUCGUCUUUGUCGUUUGAGUCAACAAAGCGCUUGGUGGCAAGACGCUAUAGGUAGGCUACGUGAAAUAAAAAAAACAAGACAGUGAAGACGUAAACAUUGACUUGCGGUGAAAGUCUUGAUUUAUUUUCCAGGAGUGUCGGAUCCUGCGAAACCUUUUUUUUUUUUUUUUUUUUUGUUUUCGCAUCGCCCGUACAACAAGAGGUGCCAAGAGGCGUCGCUGAGCGGAACUGUAAUAACAAGGCGACGAGGCGAGAUGCACGCCUGUUCGCGUGAGUGACACUAAAUGUGGGGCUCGCGUGCGCGCCGGUGAUUACGACGUGGGGACCCGGGGCUCGAGGUAUAACGAGGGCCUCACUUCAGACGGCUGAAAGGCCCCCGCGCAGUCGUCGUCGUCUUGUUGCGUGGCCGAGGGGGCCGGAAACCCCCCCCCCCCCCGCGGCGCGAUGAACACGCUGAUGCAGAGGAUGGUGGGCGAGGUGGGCCUGUCGGCGCCGCAGAGGUUGCCGAUGUCGCCCAUCCCGAUGCUGCUGCAGCAGCCGGAGCCGGCGAUGACCAAGGACGUCACAGACUCCAAUAACAACAGCAACGAGAGCGCCACGAGCAGCGGUGACAGCGUGCAGAGCGACGACGGAGCGUCGCGCGCAGCCGAGAAGUACUCGCUGAGGCCGCGCUCGCUGCAGAAGAGGUUCGAGGUGGAGCAGAAGACGCGCGUCGUCGAGAAGACGACCACCCGGAGGUCCAGCGGAGGCGGCGGCGGCGGCGGCGGAGGCAGGCCCAAGCAGAAGCCGCCCCCGCUCAGCAAGUACCGCCGCAAGACGGCGAACGCGCGCGAGCGGGACCGCAUGCGCGAGAUCAACGCGGCGUUCGAGAGCCUGCGCCGCGCCGUGCCGCACUCGCCCGCCGACGCCUGCCCGCAGGGCGAGAAGCUGACCAAGAUCACGACCCUGAGGCUCGCUAUGAGGUACAUCUCGGCGCUGAGCCAGGCGCUGCAGCAGGAGGACCACGCCGCCACCCCCAGGUCCUUCGACCUGGCGGACCUGCUGUCGGACGACGGCGGCGACGCGCCCGACCUGGACGCCCUCUUGCUCGAGUCGGACGCCGAGUCGCUCAACUUCCAGUCGGACCUGAGCGAGCACUGCCUCACGCCGCCCGACUUCAGCGACCACUCGCUCACGCCCGCCGACCUGGGCGCGCGCUUCGCCGACGAGGCCCUGGCGCCGGCCGACUUCGGCGAGCCGGGGGCCUGCUUCGGCGACCACUGCCUGGUGCCUUGACGGGCGCCGCCCCGCCGCUCCAGAGCAUGGCUGUAAGCGCCGGUGGCUGGCGACUGCUCGUGACACUAGGAACCAGUUAGUUACUCCCGUUGUAAACGCAGCUAUACUGGACUUCAUGGUUCACGGGAACACUUCUGCGGUAGGAUUCUUAGCCUCGUUCCACUGGCUGUUGCGUCUGCAAUGAAGCGAGACGCAGCAGCCCGGAGCGACAGAGUAGCACGUUUCGCAACCGUUCACCAUAGCCGCCACUUGGCUCCGAACACACCGCGACAACGGUCGCCUGGGUCGGAGCUGCCUUCUAGUUCAACUAGAUGAAAACUCGAAACGUUAAAAAAAAUUAUUUCGUUCUAUUGCUGGUAGGUACCGAAUCUGUGUCGCAUGUUACCGAACAAAACAGACUGCACGACAGUUAAGAUGUCGUCUCCGUUCAUUGCGUCGUGCAUGCACGAUCAUCCCCUGUCACCCGGUGAAACACGGGUAUAGUCUGUGUCAUGUAAACUGUGGUCCACCUAUUGUUCUGUCAACAGUGUUUUUAAUCAAACACCAUUUAUACUUUGCAAGAUAACAUUGGUAUAAUCUGCACCAUUCGUACUAUUUUUUUUUUUUUUAGAUAAUAAAUUUCAAACUUGAAACCCGUUACAUGACGCAGGCUUAAAAAAAACUUCCGAAAACCACGUAUGGAACAAUGGCUUUUGGUAACCCACGAUAUUGUAAGCGUUGCCCUAGGGUGUCUUCAAAAGUUUGUGCAUCGUGUCUAAAUGUUUUCUAGCCUUAAAAAGAUAUAUGAUCUAAAUGACCAAGCAUAUUAAUGUUGUUAGUUUGAAAUAUAUUUGGCUUGCAAAAAAAAAAAUAUUUUGACCCAAUUUAGCGAUAAUUUUCAAGUUAAAUAAUCAUUAAAUUAGGUUUAGAAAUUCGAUUUUGCCACACAUAAAAUUUAGUUCAACCCACGAAACAUUUCGUUACAGCGGACGCAUGCAAUAGGUAUGUAAUUAAAUACAUUGUUGGUGCAGAUAAACCUUUUAUCUCAUUCCAGGGUUUUCGCUGUGAGGUUUCAAAGACAGGCUCUUAAUUUGCUUCGCCCCUUGCAGAACCUGUUGCUCAUUGAUUGGCGGUCCUCUUGGGAUUCAAACCAUUCGCUAGCGGAGGCGAUUGGUUCCUAUAUAAAAAAACAGAUGUUUAGAACGGCAUCUCGAUGUUAUCUCCCGCUGACGGGUCAUUAUCAGGCUUUUCGUCCACGGCAGGCGAGUUCUGCUUGCUGUCUCCAGGGUUGGUAUGUUUAAAGCAGAUUAUAAAUAAGAAGUAAUUAACCUAGGUUCUCUUUUAAAGUAGCUAGCACAAUCUUGACUCGAGGCAAAGGAAAGUUGGUUUUCCAUUUGAUUAACCUGCAGAUUUUAUGCUUCGACUUUACUUAAACGUCUCUUCAAGCCACCCUAAGUCUCCCUUGUUAAAAAUAAUUUUUUUUUACUUGUGAAUUUUUUUACAAAAUAAUAUAGUUUCACAUAAACUUGUAUUUUUUGAAACGACUCUCAAACAUUUACAUGUUUAAUUUUGAAUGAAAUAUGCUUAUUGCCCAUGGACUUAAUGUGAACAAUAGAAAAAAAUGUAAAAUAUUUCACUCUAAUUUUCUUCUAUACGUUAACAUAUUCCGCAGAUUGGUCCAUUUCCAAAUUAUAACCAGAUAAAGGCACUGCGUGAUAUUUUUAAAUUGGGGUAAAUACCAAUCCUGGCUGUCUCCCAUCAGAAAUCGAGAAUAAAUUAUACUCGGGUGCUGCCUUCAUUUGCUACACGCUGUGGCUGUGUGACAAAUAAUAUAUAUAUAUAUAUAUAUAUAUAUAUAUUUAUAUAUAUAUAUAUAUUUUUACUUAUUCGCUUAAUUGGGCGCAAUUUAAGUGUGAAUUUAAAUGAACAAGUAACAGGUGUCCUAUAAUACCUUAAAUACAAAGAACUUAAUAACACAUUAAUUCCUGAAAAAAUACAAACGGUGUCGUAAAGUAUUCCAGAUAAAGACUUACGGUGAUUAAUUUAUAUCAGUGAAUUUGUAGUAACAGUGGAGAAUAAUGUUCACUCUCUGUUGUCUAGCCAAUCAGUGGACUUAGCUAGGAAACUGCGAAAGGGAAUUUUCUGAUGAACCAGUGACCUUAAGUCAGUGAAAGGUAGUGUAUAAGACUUUUCAUAUUGAAGUGGAAGCAGCUGAAAGCUGCUUGCUAUCGAAUUGUAGCAUUUUGGAGCAGUUGCGAAUAUUUGAUCACACGUUCAGAGAUUACGAUUUGGACACUUCUCUUCUGAAAGCUCAAAGGAGUAACAUUAGUAUGAAGCCGACUGAGAUGCUACUUGCAGAAUGAUUCCGAAAACAUACGUGCACUAGGCUUUCUUCUAAAAUACGAGUCAUGUUAGCUAAAACCUUUAAUUUGUACUCUUAGACUAUGUCUUUAAGUAAUCUUUACUUUGGUUGGUUCUUCUUUAUUCCUGCUGAAAUAUACAUUUAAAAUAUUUCGAAAAUUUUCUUUGGUACAGGAAAUAUGAAGAGGAAAUUUAAAUACAAGGUGUUUCGCGCAGAAAUUCACUUCUUAAAGUUAAACUAUAAUACUUUUGCAAUUUUUAAAAUUUAAAUUCUAAGAAUUGGUUGUUCAUGACAAAAAGUUAAUCCUUGCCCACAUUAAAAUUGUACCGAAUAAUCAAUAAAUUCAUUAAUCAAUGUGUUUUGUUACACAAUUGAUUAAUCAUUGAUAAUAUCCUCAGAGAAAGGUUCCCAUAAUUUCUGGAUGUUAUCACCAGCAGUUGAGAGCUGUCAGCGGGAGGUCGUACGUGGUUUGGUAACACUGCGAACACCAGAGGCCAUUUUAAUUUUUUUUUUAAUGCUGCUGUGGUGGCAGCAGCGAUUGUAGACGCGUGACCCACUUGCACACAGUAGCGAGUGCGCGAGAGCACUCACCCCAUGUCUGUCUCCGGGCUAUGUGUUGUGACGCAACGCAGAUCAUAAUAAAUGUUAAUUAACUUUGCGAUGUCGCAAGCCUAAGGGUGCUAGGGGAGGCGGGAGGGAAAAAAAUGUUAGGUGUAGCAAACUAUAGUCAAUCCCAUAAACAAGUGCACUCACUCUCUUGACAGAUACGCGUGGAAAAAAUAACGCUGUCAUUUACUCCGUUAAAAUUAAAUCAAUUACUUUUAUUCCAAAGAAAUAAAAUGGCCAAUAUUAUUCAUUGUCAAAAUAAAAGCUUUUAUUACUUACAGGUACGGAAAAUUUCGCGGAUUCAUUUGGCGGUAAGCUAGAACACAAAUCUUCUUCUGGCAGUUAUUGGGACACUGUAGGAGAGAAAUAAGCGAAUCAGGUAGUGCCGAUUGAUGAGAACAAAAAAAAAUAUUUUUUUUUUCUCUCAGAAAUUUUUCAAUCGAAAAGCAAACGUUUUAGGACUAACGUAAGACUUUGAACUUCAACCAGCCGCCAGAAAAAUUCGCGAAAUUUUCGUGUCCGUAACUAUGAUAAGUUCAUAUAUAAGAAAAGGGCAGACUAUAAAGUUAUUAAAGUAUUUAUAAUUUGACUCACCAAGAGCCUGGACGCGACUUACGUAGUACGUAGUAAUCAAGCCGGAGCUGUCAUUCGAUCUGAAAUGUCAUUAACGGCAGCACCGUAAUGAUUAAACUGACGUCAAAAAAAAAACUGAGGACUAACUACAAAAUUAGGAACUUAAAGUUUCUGCUGGGGGCUUGCGCGAGAAAAUUAACGAAACUGUUGUGUUUCGAGGUACAAUUAAAUUAAUAUUCUUUUAAACUUUUAAGGAUAUAUCUGUGAAAGACAUUCUUAACUACAAAAAAAAAGUUAUUGUACGAAAGUAAAUGUGUGUUUAGAUUUAUUGACAUGUUACUCUAUACAGAUAUGUAUGCUGGUUCAUCAGCGGAAUAAGUAUGACAACACCUGUGCUUAAAUACGUGAAAAAUUACGUUACUUUAUAGAACCAGGUUGGACUCAACACAGUUGUACUUAAACAGGCCAGUGUCUUCUUUCAUUGGCUGCUGCCUCCUGUCCGUUAUGCCGGUUGGUUUAUUAGUCCUUGUGUUUGAAAAUCUUUGUGCUGUCGGGUCCACAUCUGGACACGGUGCACACUAAAAGAAGAUUGAUGCUGGCAGAAUUAGUGUAUGGGAAAGAAAGGUUAAAUAUCUUUGUUAAAAUGUGUGUUGAUAUGCAUUCUAGCGUAUAGCUUCAAUUAAUAAAGAAAGUUUUGGAGGUCUUUGCUUGUGAUGAAUUGCACUUCCUAGGCAUUCAGACAACUUUCCAGUCAGUGCUCUCUAAAACGGUUGGAAUGCUUUUAUCAGAACCAUUACGAAUUAGAAGACGAUACCAAAAUGUCUCAGUAAUCGAGCAUUUCUACCUGUGAAAAAUUUACAUGGAUAUAUUUUGCGAAAAGUGUAAAUUUCGUGCAAUAUGUAGUGCAAUAUCUACUCAGGUGUGCUUUUAUGAAAGUGUUUAUGUACCUUAACGGUUGAUACUUAAGUUAUGUCAUGUGAACAGCGAUGUAACGUGUUAGUUAUGCAAGGGCGGCAAACAAACGUGAAAGCGCCAUUAGUCAUUAUUUAAACUGUUUUUUUUUGCAGCGACUAAAAUUAUUUUGUAAUAGCAUCAGAUACUUUUGAUUUAUUUAGCGCCUCACCUCUUGCAUUUAUAGUUCCUCUUGUUCCUUUAUUUUUGUCUAUAAAAAAAGAGUGAAAGCGUGUCGCAAUUAAAUUUGAUCUUGGACGUAAAUCUAGACCUGGCAGUAACCACCCUGUUCUCUUUGAAACUCACUAUGCGGUUUUUCGUUUCUAAGCGAUUUGGCGAAAAAUUCCCAAAUGAAGCCUAAUAGUACCUACACAGAAAUAACUUUCUGUACGUAUAUAAAAGAUUCCUUUGGAAACCAGUUGCCAAGAAAUAAUUUUUAAUUCCACAAGAAAUAUAUUGUAAGAUUGUACAACACAUUACUAUAGUUAUAUUUUGCAUUUAUGAAAUAUGUUUUUUGAGUUAAUACUGAAUAGGUAUUACGUAAGAAAAUUUGAGCAUACUUUUAUAUUUUAUUUAAUGUUUCAUUCAAGUAUAUAUUUUAAACACUUGAAGAGAUAAUAUAAUAUUCAAUAAUUGGAUAUGCUUAUUAAUGUUCGCAGUUAAUACUGGAAAGCUAUUCAGGUGGUUUACAAAUAACUUUAACUACUGGAAGUACUGGUACAACACAAAGCAUAAAUGCCCUGGUAAGAAUCUCAACCCAGUAUUAAAGCAAACUCUAUUUUGUAGUUAGGCCUAUACAGUUUUUACAUGUAAAUGUACAAAUUUAUAAACAUCUGUAAUUUUACAUGAAUAUUUCUGUUUCAUUUGCAAAAAAAUAUUACAUUGUAUUAAACUUGUAAAAUUUCUCUGACGGCUGGGUACUCCGUAGGAAAGACACUUAAAUUCGCAUUAAUAUUUAUUGGCAAUAUAUAGGGCAAGGUCUAGCUGUGUGUUAAUAAUUUGUAGCGUUUUCUGCGUUUCGUGAUUGGCUGCGUUCAUGUCAGGUGCACGACUACUGUCAGCACACCAAUCACAGCCAUCGAGUGCGGAGGCAAACGCUUCCUGAUUGGUCCGGUCAGAUAGUGUGAUGGCUGGCUUCUCUUGCAGACUGUCGUCAAUUGCAAGAGAACAAUAUCUAGCCCGGGCAUACCUUAUCGAAGUCUAAUGAGCGAUGAGAUUAUUCCACGUAAAAUACAUGCCCCUAGAAAUAUACCAGACAGCAUUUUAAUAAAAUUCCUCAAUACGAGUAUUUAAACAGAUUCACUGUCAUCUCUAAUGCAAUUAAUGUUGGUCUUAAGAAACCUGUUCUCUGCACGAUUAAUAACUAGAGACCUGCAAAAUUCGUGGAUUCAUUCGGUGAUAGGCUAGAAUUCAAACACAUAUAUCUCUUAAAUAAUUUUGCUAUUGGCUUACUGUUCAUCUGGACGAAUCUCAACCAGUUAUAAGCCCUCAAACAAAGAAGGAUCGAAUCACAGACAAACCAGCUGAGACGACUUGCAAGUCGGCAGCCAAUGAACUUGCGUUAUUUGCCCGAGUGUACAGGGGUAUGUGCAGUCUAUGCUGAAGGCCAUCGAAACCGCGAAUUUUUCAGGUGUCUGUUAAUAACUUGCUUAUAAAAAUAAAGAAAUAUACAUCUAUAUGUUGUGAGGGAUAGGGUGGGAAAGCCUAUAAACUAAACAGAAUAUAAUCUUACAAUUAAUAGGGACCGGUUGAUUUCGCCGUGUCGAUGACCUUCAGGAUGGACUACACAGUCCUCUGCACUCGGGAAACUAGCGCCAGUUCAUUGGCUGCUGACUUGUGAGUCGUCUGAUCUGGUUUGCCUGGAAUUUGAUACUAAUUUGGUUGAGGGUUUUUUCAUUGGCCUAGGGUCAUCCAGAUGAACAGUGAACCAAUAGCAAGAGCAGCUUAAAGGUGUAUGUAGUUGAAUUUUAACCUAUCACCGAAUGAAUCCACGAAUUUUUUCGGAUCUCUGUCGAUUAUAAAAUGGCACGCACAUACUGAUGUCCAGAUACUGGAAAAAUUCGCAGAUUCAUUUCGCGAUAGGCCAACAUUCAAAUACGAGACAUAACCGUUGUUUCUGCUAUUGGCUCACGGGUUAUCUGGAGAUGCUGUAUAUUGCCAAUGCCAUACUUGUAACUACGUCAGUAUCGAAUCACAGGACUACCUAAUUGAGACGUUUCACAAGUCAACAGUCAAUGGUAAGAGCACAUUUGUCUGAGUAUGCAGAUGACGGUGGAUUCCACCCUGUAGUUAUUAUAUUCCGCGAAUUUUCGCGGGCCCUUGUCACGACCACUUAAACCAUCUACGCAUAUAAGCGAGCUUAGAUUUAACUUUAAUUUUUAUAACUCGUAUUUUAUGAACUUCGAAAAAAAAUCAUAACAUGUGGCUGUUUUCACGAACUUUUUUUGACAUGAAAAAUAACCCUAAAUAUUGGCAUAAAAGUGUGCAGGGUACGUUCAUAUUUAAUGUUCCACUAUAAACUUAUAAUACAACUGUUUUGAACUCCUGAAGAAGCGUAUAAUUAGGGACAUGUAUUUUUCGCGAAAAAAAAUCUGAUCACUCAUUGGAUUGCAAUAAGGUAUGCACGCGCCAGCCUUCUGAUUGGCGGCCGUCUGCAAGAGAAUCCACUGCCCUAGCUGGCCGGGCCAAUCAGGAUGCGUUUGCUCCCGCACUGGAUGGCUGUGAUUGGUGCGCCUUACCUGAAAUAAACACAGCCAACAACGAAAAACAGACAAUGCUACAAAGUUUUAACGAACAGCUGGUUCGAAACUUUUUUUUUUGCGAAAAAUACAAGGUAUGAUCGACGCGAAGACGUAAAGCCAGUUGUACGUAGAGGCGAAGAUACGUUUGAUGCGUGAGAUGGAGUCGCAUUUACAGCCUCUCUCUUGUCAUUACAUCAUUGUUUUUUUCUGUAAAUGACGUGAAUUUUCGGGUAUGCUUUUUUUUAGUGGAAAAGGAAGAAGUAAAAUUUUUUUUCCAACUUCGGGGGCAAAAAAAGCUUGCGUUCACUGUUCGUUUCUAGGUGUCCGUUUAAUCGAGCUACAGGCCUUUAUCUCGAUGAUAAUUUGGGAAGGAGGGAGAUAGUAGCACUGUUUAGUUUUGUCCGCAACUUAAGACGGCUGUAUGUGCAAUGAUAGAGAGACGCUGAGUCAGUUGUUUUUAAAAAAUAUAUAUCAAAAUCUCUGAAUUCGUUCCAGGAUUAGUCAAUAAAUAGGCAACAAAUAUUGCAUUUCGUGAAAGUGAAACUUCUGCAUCUUCGUAAGCGCAAAUUUGCUUGGACAGUACGAAAAGUGAAACUUUUUUUUUUCUCCAAGAAAGCAUCCUUAUGUGUGAAAUUGCUUAUAUUUUUUGGGUUGUUGCGUGCAUAUGAACGCGUAAUACUUGUAUUACUUGUGCGAUUUUACUUAGGCAUAAAAAUUUACGUGUGAGCAAAAUUAUGUAUGCUGAUUCGUUUGUUUCCGCACAAUUUACGUAAACGUAAAUUCAAAUCUCUAGUGGCCCAACUAUUUCCAUUUUAACCUGUUAAAUUUUGGCCAAAAAAAGCUUUUAAAUGAGUUGACACGUUUAACAAAUUUAAACUUCAGUAUCAAACGAACCUAUGUUAUAAUUAGACCAAUUUACAGAAGAGUAAAAAAAAACCCUCUUCCAAUGAUACCACGUUUUUUUUAUCAACCUCCAUAUGCCUUUGGCCGGACUAAAGGAACUUAUGAUUAAUUUCUUACAAAACAUAUAUAAUUUUAAUUAGAUUUUUUUACCUCCAAUUAAGCUUUGGAUUUAGUUUCUUGUAAAUCGUGUUAAAUGAUUUAGAAAAAAAUUUCGAGUGAAUUACUGAGUGUUGAUUUGUUGGAAAAUGAAACUUUGAGUUGUAAACUGAAAUAAAUCAAACAUAGCUGAGUGAGGACUUAGGCUCAUUUGGUUCUGAGGUACACAAAGUAUCUUGGUUGUAUGUUGGUCCCACCAAAAGUUUAAGAUAAUUAGAAAAUUAUAAAUAAUAAAAUUUAGUUCUAACAUUUUGCUAGAAAUUGCUUCUUAACCGCAACAAAGCUUUUAAAAUAUUAUAUUUAAUGACUGAAUGGCAUUAAAUCCUUUGUAUUUCGUAAUUUUUUAUAAAAAGCAAAUUAAAGGUGGUACGAAAUUUUUCUAUAUACUGUUAUUCAUUUACGUAACUUUCUUUACUAAUCACGAUUUUUAAAACAGACCACCGUAUUCUUGCGAGAGAUUUUUAAACUAGAUACAGUUUAUGAUUUUCUAGAACUCUUUAUUUUUUUAACAAAUAUAUACUAAAAUAAGGAAUGAUAAAUAGUUAUUUAAUAAUGCAUUAUUUUUAAUUUCAUUAAAAAUAUUAAAAAAUAUUAAAAUUGACUUCUACCAGAAGUUUUUAACCAAACACCAUCAUCAUAUUAAAUAAUAUACUGAUUGUCUUUCAAUUUUGGUGGGACGAGUUAUAUAUAUAAUAUAUAUAGAUUGUGGAACCAUAGAGCAUGGCUUUUGUAAUUUUUUUUACAGUCAAUAUGACUUUUGAUAUGAUUUAUGUUGAAUCAGGAAGUAUUUUCUUAUGAAGUGUUUACGAUAUCGAAAUACUUGGCUUUGUCGUCAAUCUUCUGUUUUGAAUAGUUACAUUUACUGUAUGUUAAAUAUAUAUAUUUCAGGACUCAACUACAGAGAUGAAAUUCAACAAUUGUAAUUUAAUAAAUCAUUAUCUUUAUAAUAUGGCUGAAUGAAUUGCACAUAUCAUUGUGACCAAUGGAAAAAAAAUUUGUGUCUGAAACUGAGAAAAAGCUAUUGUAUAUAUAUAAUAUAGAAACCACUAAGUGGAGAGAUAUCCGUCCAAAAAUAAGGAUAAUAUUUUAUUUUAUUGCUGUGUAAAAUGUGAAAAAACAUUUGCUUUAAGCAUACGCAAAGUUGUUGCAAUGUCGACUAUGUGAAACUAUAAAUUCUUACUAUGCAGGAAGUAAUGGUGUCUAUUUAUUAGUUUAUAUUGUGUGAACUCUUUUGAUAAAAUAUAUUGCAUAGAAUAA